AUGGCAGAAUGGCGCAUCAGUGAUGUUGCUCCGAUAAGAGAAUUAGAAGGCCUAGAUCACGAGCGUUGCGCCGCGCUUCACAACCACAUUGUUGAACUAGGCUGGACCCAGCGUGGCCUAGCACUGGACACCCUCGAUAAACGCACAUGGUGGGAAUGCUAUGGCGGCGAUGCAGCUCUUUCCAGCACAGCCGAGCGUCUCGAUGCCUCUGUAGUGUCUUUUCUAAAGGCAUCUUGGCAUGGAUUCGCCAUGGAUUCAGCCACACAACCUCACCUUUUCCAUCGUUAUCUGGCGCGCUUAUGCUCACCGGAGGAACUUUGGCAGAAUGCAAAUUAUUCCGAGGAAGAGGACGAUUCGAACAAAAGACGCUAUAUCACGCUGUACAUGGCGAAUUGGGCGUUGGGCGCUACUCAUCCGUUAGGAUUGGUUUUGGAUCAAGACGAGUUCACUGCUAUGCAGCACAUGUCCAUGCGUGACACCGAAAUUACCAUGAAUGGCCGACAGAUGUGGUUGCCUCUUGAGAUGGUUCUUGAUGGCUUCGUAGACAUGAUCGACCAAGGUAAAAUCAUGGCCGUGGACGAAAAUAAUAGUGGGGAACAAGAGCGUACGGAACCAUGGAUCAUGCCUUCGUACACGGAACCAGACCUCGAAGACACUCUCCAGGCUUUUGAGCAGCUAUUAGAUGCAAUCCACGUCAGAAUGCCUUAUCAAGAACAAAGCGCAGAACAGAAUCUGCUCGAAGUCGUGACUGGUGGUAAUCCGGGGAUCCUGUCUCCGAACAGCUUCGCACAUCGAUUCCUCACCCAGUGCUCGAGACCGAACUUCACUCAUAUCGCACCAGGUUUAAGUAUCACGCAACAACAACCUUUCGCGCCAACGCCCGGGCAGGCGAACGAGAACAAGCUCUUCCCACUGCUCCUCUUCACGAGCACAUCACCUGCCCACCAAGAAACCCAACGCACGCCAUGGGGUGAGCGAAUACGCGCCUCGCCGUUUGCACACGACUUCGAUGACAUCUCGACCUACCCAGCUGGUCUCUAUCUUACCGAAACGAAUCCUCACAGCAGCCAUCCUUUUGAGGACGGCUGUAAGCUUAUCUUGCCAUUCACCCUCGGUUCCAAUGCAUUUGCGCGAACCAGUGACGGCGCGCUGAUCGGCGAGAAUGUACGAAAGGCAGGGGAGGAUGCCUCCGCUGAGAUCGAACCAAAGAGUGCAGAGCUAUACCAGCUAGGAUUCAACCACUUCAUUGCAGGGCAUGAUGUACAACUCAGGUAUGUGUUGUGCAAAUGGAUGGAGAUGAUCGAGGAGGGAAAAUGGGAGGUUGACGAGCAUGGUGUAGCAGGAGGUAUAGAGAAAUGGAGCGAGACAGAUUUAGAGGAGCACUGGUCUGAUUAUCAAUUGCCAAUGAGUUGGUAAUUAUAAUAGUUCAUAUUAAACAGUAUACAGUCUUUAAUAUGGUUAUUAGCUAAGUAGCUAGUUAGGUAGUAUAAGUAUAGAAAGAUAGUAUAUUCUCU